UAUUAUCAGGAACAGGAAGUACUAGAGAAGGAGGAAGAGGAAAAGCAGGAACAAAACUCUUCCAGGAUUUUCAAAUAUUAAGCAGAAUUUGGACUCAUCCAUGGUGCUUACAGCUGGACUAUAUUAGCAAAGAAAACAAGGGGUAUUUUGAGGAAGACAGGAUGAAUGAAUUCAUACCAUCAGAUUCUGAUGAAACCUCACUGAGUUUAAGUUCAGAUGAUUAUCCUAAGAAAAAAAAGUUCAAAGGGAAAAAAAGAACUAGCUCAGGUGGACAUGAGGAUGCAGAAGUAAUUAAAGUAUGGAAUUCAAGAUCCAGAGGUGGUGGUGAAGGGCAUAAGGAUGAGCUGGCCAGCAUUUCAUCUGUGAUGGUAAAAAAAGAAAAAAGAAGAACAACAUAUUUUUCAAAUCCAGGCGGCACUUCUCCAAGGUGGUACAAAGAUUUUAUUACGGAUUCUGAUGCUAAAGUGUUGGAACAUUCUGGAAAAAUGGUACUUCUUUUUGAAAUUCUUAAAAUGGCCGAGGAACUUGGGGAUAAAGUGCUGGUGUUUAGCCAAUCUCUCAUAUCUCUGGACUUGAUUGAAGAUUUUCUUGAAUUGGGAAAUAAGGAAAUAUCAGAUGAUAAAGACAAGCCUCGAAUUUAUAAAGGUGAAGGAAAAUGGUUUCGAAACAUUGAUUAUUAUCGUUUGGAUGGUUCUACAAGUGCACAGGCAAGAAAGAAAUGGGCUAAAGAGUUUAAUGAUGAAACUAAUGUGAGGGGCCGCCUCUUCAUUAUUUCCAGCAAAGCAGGUUCAGUUGGCAUUAAUCUGGUAGCUGCUAAUCGAGUAAUCAUCUUUGAUGCCUCUUGGAAUCCGUCCUAUGAUAUUCAGAGCAUAUUCAGGGUUUAUCGCUUUGGUCAAAAUAAACCAGUCUUUGUAUACAGGUUUUUAGCUCAGGUAAGUUUCAACUUUUCAUAUAAUAAAUUGAAAGUACAAGCAAAAGUUUGAAACUGGUGAGC